AUGCACCGUAACUCCGUCCCCUUCGAUCACUUCACUUUCCCACUCAUCCUCAAACACCACCACCACCACCUUCUUCAUUCUCUCAUUUUCAAGCUUGGUUUUGAUACCAAUAUCUUUGUUCAGAAUGCGCUUAUCAAUGCUUAUGGUUCUCGUGGCUCGCUUGAUGUUGCAGUUAAACUGUUUGAUGAAAUGCGUCGUAGAGAUAUUGUUUCUUGGUCUACUUUAAUAUCUUGUCUCGUUAAAAACAAUCUUCCAGCUGAAGCUCUUUCUGUUUUCCAACAAAUGCAGAUGGGUCAUCGUGAUAUUCGAAAUUGGCUUGAUAGGGCUAUUAUGUUGAGUGUGAUAUCUGCGGUUUCGAGCUUAGGUGUGAUUGAAUUGGGCAUUUGGGUUCAUUCUUUUAUUGUCAGGAUGGGGAUUGUUAUGACUGUUCCAUUGGGCACUGCUCUUAUUAAUAUGUAUUCGAGAUGUGGGUUGAUUGAUCGUUCUGUUAAGGUGUUUGAUGAAAUGCCGGAGAGAAAUGUAGUUACAUGGACUGCGUUGAUAAAUGGGCUUGCUGUUCAUGGACGUAGUAGGGAAGCUUUGAAAGUUUUUUAUGAGAUGAAAGAGUCUGGUUUGAAGCCCGAUGGGGCGUUAUUUAUAGGUGUUUUGGUGGCUUGUAGUCAUGGUGGUCUUGUGGAGGAUGGUUGGCGGGUUUUUGAAAGCAUGAGGGAUGAGUUUGGAAUCAAACCUAUGCUUGAGCACUAUGGUUGUAUGGUUGACCUUCUUGGUCGUGCAGGGCUUAUUCUUGAAGCUUUUGAUUUUGUGGAGGAAAUGCCUUUGAAACCAAAUUCUGUUAUUUGGAGGACUUUGCUUGGGGCAUGUGUGAAUCAUAAUCAUCUCGGGUUGGCUGAAAAGGCCAGGGAAAGGAUCAUUGAGCUUGACCCAUAUCAUGAUGGGGAUUAUGUGCUUUUAUCAAAUGCAUAUGGUAGAGUUGGUAAUUGGGGUGGUAAGGCUGGCUUAAGAAAUUCUAUGAAGCAGAAUAGAAUUGUCAAGGAGCCUGGGCUUAGUUUUGUCCAUAUUGAUCAAGUGGUUCAUGAGUUUGUCUCUGGUGAUCACGUUCAUCCACAAUGGGAGGAGAUUACAAAAUUUUUAGCUUCAAUUAUAGAUACUGUAAAACUUGGAGGAUACACCCCUAAUACUUCCUCUGUGUUACAUGAUAUUCAAGAUGAAGAGAAAGAGCAUUGUCUGGGUUAUCAUAGUGAGAAAUUGGCGGUGGCUUUUGUACUUCUUUAUCAUAGGGACAGAAGGACAAUUAGGGUCAUUAAGAAUCUUAGGAUUUGUUAUGACUGUCAUGAUUUCAUGAAGCAUGCUUCGGGUAUCUUUGACAGAGAUAUUAUUAUUAGAGAUCGAAAUCGGUUCCAUCACUUUAGCAAGGGAUUGUGUUCUUGUCAAGAUUUUUGGUAA